AUGUCGCUCUUCGGCUCCUCUCCCGAGGACUCUCCGCUGGCCAGCAAGGCAGCGCAACAGCCAUCAUCUUCAUCGCGAGUGAAAUCAAGCUUGUUCGCGGACGAUCCCUCUUCGCUGUUUGGAGCAGACGAGGGUUUCUCGUCCCACAGCGGCAGCAAUAAGAAUAACAGCAAUAGCAACACUAGGGGCGUGGCUGACGACGACAACAACAACGACAACGGAUACUCAUCGCCCUGGGAUAUGCCGACACCAAGGAAGUCCGGCUCGAGACAGCAGAUUGUCAAGACCCUCCUGCCAUCGACUGAUGUUCCGGAGAGCUAUAUAGAUGCAUUCGACGCGCUCGCUGGCGCUGCAGGAGGCGCUGCGGGGACCAUCGGUGUCGAGGAAUUGAAAAGCCUUCUGGGAACCACGCAUUUGAGCUCUUCGGAGCAAACGGGAAUUCUCAACUUGGUGACGAACAAUGGAGCUCAGUCGAGCCUUGGGAGGAACGAGUUUAAUGUUCUUCUAGCACUUGUAGGCCUGGCGCAGGAGGGCGAAGACAUUACUUUGGACAGCGUUGACGAGCGCAGGAAGAGACUACCGGAGCCUAAUAUUCCUUAUAUCACUCGUGUACAGACGGGAAAUGCUGGGAAUGGAACAGCUGCUGGACAAUCCACCGAAGAACAACAUACUGUUCAGAUACCACAAACACGCCGUAGGCUGCGACAGGAUUCAUUUGGCCCAGAAGCAGACCCAUGGGGAAGCCCGGUAGUUCGUCAGCCAGUCCACCGCCCCAACCAGGGUGGCACAAAUGGAGUUUCGGCUGCCCAUGACGCUCCCGAACCAGAGCCAGCACCAAAGCCCAACACCCAGACCGAACCUCGGAAUUUUGCAAGCACAAGAUCGAACGAAUCGACUGGCGCUCCCGCGAGCGUUGGGUCUGGAUGGGGAGGUGGUGGGUUUGGGAACCCGUCGUCUGCAAGCGGUUUUGGAAAUUAUGAUCAGGGUACAUUGGGUGCUGGGUUCGGCCAACCUGAUAGUGGACAAGCCAACUCCAGCCGUAAUGAUUUAUCCAGGUCGUUGGGCGGCGGUCAAGUAAGCAACUCGGGGAUGGAGGAUGUUAUUACCAUCCAGAUGCUCCCUGAAAAAGAGGGCAUGUUCCUCUUCCAGCACCGCAACUAUGAAGUCAAGUCUGCGCGCAAGGCUACCUCCGUAAUUCGAAGAUAUAGUGACUUUGUCUGGCUUGUGGACUGCCUCCAGAAGAAGUUCCCCUUCCGGCAGAUCCCAUUACUCCCUCCCAAGAGGGUUGCAGUCAAUGGCACUCACCUAUCAGCGGAUUCAAACUCCUUUUUGGAUAAACGUCGCAGAGGCCUCGUCCGCUUUGCCAAUGCUCUCGUACGUCACCCGGUUUUGAACCAGGAGCAGCUGGUUGUAAUGUUCUUUUCCGUUCCUACUGAACUGGCUGUUUGGCGUAAACAAGCCUCCAUCUCCGUACAGGAGGAAUUCACGGAUAAGCCGCUUCCCCCAGACCUGGAAGACUCGCUGCCAUCAACCUUGAACGAUACCUUUGACACCGUCCGCUCGGGUGUCCGCCGCUCAGCUGACAUCUAUAUUAACCUGUGCCUCCUGAUGGACAGGCUGGUAAAACGCCACCAAGGCCUAGCCGCAGAGCAGUUCCGAGUUUCGAGGGCGCUCCAUGCCCUGACCGAGAGCACGAUGGACACAUAUGCUGCCGAUACCAGUGACGUUCCCCUGUUAAACAAUGGCAUCAAUGCGACUGCCAAUCACCUGCAAACAAGUCAAGGCCUGUUAGAGGACGAAGCAAAGGCGUGGGACCAAGGCGUUCUUGAGGAUCUGAAGGCUCAGCGUGACUGCCUAGUCGCUAUGCGAGACGUGUUCGAUCGGAGAGAUCGCUUUGCAAAGGAUAACAUCUCCCAGCUCGAACGCCGCAUCGAGAACAAUGAGAAAAAGCUGCAGGCCAUCCGCGCCAAACCUGAAGAGGCGGUUAAACCUGGGGAAGCGAAGAAGGUUGAAGACGCCAUCAUCAAGGACAAGGAGUCUAUUGUCCAGCAGCAUGCCCGCGGGGUCUUCAUCAAGGAGUGUAUCCGCGAUGAGAUACUCAUUUUCCAACGAAGCCAGUAUCGCAUCAGCCUCCUGCACCAAGACUGGAGCCAGGAGAGAGUCAAAUAUGCCGAGUUGCAGGCUGACAACUGGCGAGCCCUGACCGACGUCGUCGAGGGCAUGCCUACCUCCGAUUAA